AUCUAUCUAUCUAUCUAUCUCAGUUAUAAAGUUUGUAGUUAAAGAGUCAAUCGUGAGAGCAUGUCGUCACACUGAACUCUGCAAGUAGGCUAAUGUUGAGCAACAACAAAGUGACCGCCACAAACAGAGCAGACAGAACAGCGCCUGAAUAGGCUACUAAGUUACCAAGGACGCAGGAGGAACAGGGUCAUGUAAAAGUCAGAUUGAGUGCACUAAACUAUGUGUACCCUACAGCAGAAACGUGUUCGGUAUGGAGUAACAGUAGUGUGCUAACAGGAACAUACAAUUACAAAAAAAAAAAAAAACAUUAUGCAACUUCAAAAUGCACAUUGCGGAUGCAAACGUUUUCAGGUCUGGUGUUGGUUUUGAUGGUGUUCGUUUGUUUGGUCUCUCCGCUGCGCCCCAUCUGUGACCUGAGGGUUCUGGACCACUUCGUUCGAGAAGCUGGAGAUUCAGAAGUCAUCAUGCGAGGCUGCAGAGGAGGCUGUGGAGUGAUGAAAUCCUACUUUGUUCCUCUGACAAGAGUUGACUUUGCUGUUUGGGAACAUAUAGAUGUUCAGAUGCAGGCCGUGGAGGUCCAGACAGGACUGUCUGUGCUACUUCAGGCACUUAAUACGGCCAGGAAAACAGUCAGCAACUCUUCACUAUUAAACACACUAGAAAACAACAUCAGUAACCUCCACAGUCUGGGCCAGAUCAUACGCAGCCUCCAUUUACAGGCCGAGUCCACAGUUCUUCCAGAUGAUUCAGCUCCUGCCAGCUCACAGACGCAGGAGGUCUCGUCUCUCCCAGAACUUCUGCAGGUGCAGAGCAGCUUCCUGAGAGGAAAAGUCCGACUCCUGCUUUCAGCUGCUCCAGCCUGCCAACGGCAAAACAGCUGAUACCAGAUAACCGCCACAAGCUGGACCACAACACUUGAUGGAGACAUGAUACUCCGGCUUGAAUCUUAGUUUAACCCUAAAGGAGAAUCAUUUACUCACCCGCAUGUUGCUCCAAAGACUUUUAUUCAUCUACAGGACCCAAAUGAAGAUAUGUUGAAUUAAUUCUGAGGGUGCGUUCACACUUGUAAAUGCUUUUUGUUCUGGCUGUGGUUCACUUUCACAUGGCAAAGUUUCUAAAAAGACCAAAAUAGUUGAAACAAGUCACAAGCAGGUAAAAUCUGCUCACAUUGGUCAGAGUUUGGUUUAUUUUCCAGGAUUCCGCACGGCUGCUAUACGUCGUUACUGUAAUUUUUGUUGAUGACAAAUUAAUUGGUGUGCUUUAAUUCUGAAUGGUGACACUUACAGACAUUUGUUUCCAUCCAAAGAUGCCAAUUAAAUUUAUGUGCAAAACAGGAAUAUCUCAUAAAAGACACGUGAAUAAAGCUGCGUUUCCAUCCAAUGAGCCAAAGAGAACAAAAUCGUCACUUCCUGAUUAACUGGCGCCAAAUAUCAACGGUAAAAACGGAAUUUGCCGCGGUAGGAGAAGCUGUGUGAAUCUUUUCUUUAAUACAAUGAGUGAGCGCAGUGGUGUUUAUGGGCGUGAGCCGCAGAGCACAGACGCUCUUAACAAUUCUGGAGGUCAAUAAUAAUACAACACUAAUACUGAAAUGGUUAUGGCCUUUUAAAAUGACCAAAAUAACAUUUUAGAUGUUUUAUAGUGUGCUCAGCCUGCUGGUUUGUCCAUUCACACACA